UCAUUCACUCCUACCAACGUCUCUCUAUUGACGCCGCCAGCUUCUUGUUUGGCAGCACCAGUGGACUGGACCAUGCUGUUGGGUGGAUCUCGAUCUGGUGGAGCUGCUACCGCAGCCGAGUCAAAUGACCAAAAAGCUCCUCUGCCGAUACCCUCUGCUUCUCCACUUACAACUCAUUUAUUUGUGCCUCCUCUCCACAAAUUUAGUGCCCGCAGUGUGGCCUAUCAAUUUCACUUCUGCUACUCUAAAACUUGCUCUCUUUCUUUCUAA